AUGAGAGUAUACAUAAUCUUUUGGCUUUUCAUUAUACCAAUCAGCUUAAUAAAUUUCAGCAGUAACCAUUUUGUGGCUAAUGAACGUUCCUUGUUGCUCCAAUUGAAAAACAAUGUGAUAUUCAACCCCACAAAAUCUUCAAAGCUAGUUCAUUGGAACCAAAGUGAUGAUGAUUGUUGCCAGUGGCCCGGGGUGAGAUGCAAAGAUGGACAUGUUAUAGCCCUUGAUCUUAGUCGUGAGUCUAUCUCGGAAGGACUUAAUGACUCGAGUGCUCUUUUCAGCCUGCACUAUCUAGAAAGCUUGAAUUUGGCUUUCAAUAACUUCCAUUCUUUGAUUCCUCAAGACCUGCAUCAACUGCAGAAUUUGAGGUAUCUAAACUUGUCAAAUGCUGGCUUGAAAGGUUUUUUCCCAAAACAUGUCUUCCAAAUACACACAUUGGAGGUCAUUGACAUAUCAGAAAACCAAAAUCUUAAUGGCUUUUUGCCAGAAUUCUCACCAUUUUCAUCUCUUCACCACAUGAAUCUCGCAAAUACAAAUUUCUCAGGACCCAUUCCAAAUAGUAUUUCUAACCUGAAAAUGUUGUCUACCAUUGAUCUAUCUUAUUGCAAAUUCAAUGGCACACUUCCGAGUUCAAUGUCAGAGCUAACCCAACUUGUUUAUCUAGACAUGUCUUCCAAUAACCUCACAGGUCCACUCCCUUCUUUCAAUAUGUCCAAAAACCUCACAUAUCUAUCAUUAUUUCGCAAUCACUUGAGCGCGGAUUUACCAUCCAACCAUUUUGAGGGCCUCAUGAAUCUUGCCAGCAUUAAUUUAGGAUUCAAUUCUUUCAGUGGAAACAUUCCCUCAUCUCUACUUAAGCUCCCAUAUCUGCGAGAAUUGAAGCUUCCCUUUAAUAAAUUCAGUGGUGUCUUGCAAGAGUUUGACAAAGGAUCUUCUCUUGUACUAGAGAUGCUUGAUUUGAGUAGCAAUAACUUUCAAGGGUAUAUUCCUAUGUCUGUCUUUACCCUUACAGAACUCCGUGUACUUCAACUUUCUUCCAAUAGGUUUAAUGGAACAAUAAAGUUGGACCUCGUUCGAAGGCUAAGUAAUUUAAUUAUACUAGGCCUCUCACAUAACAAUUUGUCCAUUGAUGUCAACUUCAGAGACGAUCAUGUCUUCUCUCCAUUUCCAAUGAUGAUAAAUGUUCAGCUGGCUUCGUGUAAGUUAAGAGGAAUCCCAAGUUUCUUGAGAAACCAAUCCAAAUUGGCAUAUCUUGACUUAUCUGGAAACGAAAUUGAAGGACCAAUACCUAGUUGGAUAUGGAAAUUUGAAUCCCUUGUGACCUUAAAUCUUUCUAAAAAUUAUUUAUCUAAUUUUGAAGAAAGUUUUUGGAACAAUAGUUAUAACCUUCUUGUAGUUGAUCUUAGUUCUAACAAACUGCAAGGAAGAAUUCCAUUCAUCCCGAAGUAUGCAAUACAUUUGGACUACUCAAACAACAAAUUGAGUUCAAUCAUACCGCCAGACAUUGGAAACUAUCUCCCUUUUAUAGAUAUACUAUUUCUAUCAAACAACAGUUUUAAGGGAGAAAUCCAUGAAUCCUUUUGCAAUUCUUCAACUCUUCGUUUGCUUGAUCUAUCCAACAACAACUUUGAUGGGAUGAUUCCCAAGUGUUUUGGAGCAUUGAGUAGCAAACUCAGGAUGUUGAACUUUGGAGGAAACAAGCUCCGAGGUCAUAUCCCUGACACAAUAUCCCCUAAUUCUUGUGCACUGAGAUAUUUGGAUCUAAAUGACAAUCUCCUGGAUGGUGUCAUACCAAAAUCUUUGGCCAAUUGCAAGAAACUACAAGUUCUAAACCUUGGAAAAAAUAAGUUAGAUGACAUAUUUCCAUGUUUUUUGAGCAAAAUUUCUACACUGAGAGUCAUGGUUUUAAGGUCUAAUAAACUUCACGGGUCUAUAAGGUGCCCAAUUAGCACUGGUGAUUGGAAAAUGCUUCAUAUCAUUGAUAUAUCCUCCAAUAAGGUAAAUGGCACUAUACCAGGAUCGUUGUUAAACACUUGGAAGGCAAUGAUGCGUGAUGAAGGCUUGCUUGGGCCAGAAUUUGGCCAUUUGUUUUUUGACAUUGAUGAUAACUUUCACCCUAUGAGUUUGAAGGAAUUGUUACCACUAAUGAACAAAUAUCUUGCAAUGAAAUUAUAUAAACUUAUACCAAACGUAAACAUGCCACGCUCUAUCAUCGAUGAGGCGAUUGCUGAUUACAAUAUGAUCGAUAUUUCUCGUUAUCAAGAUUCGAUUAAUAUUGUCAACAAAGGUCAUCAGAUGAAGCUGGUCAAAAUUCAAAGUGCCUUCACUUAUGUUGAUAUGUCAAGCAACAGCUUAGAGGGGCCAAUACCUAAUGAGUUAAUGCAAUUCAAGGCAUUGAAUGCUCUAAACUUGUCACACAAUGCAUUAGUGGGACAUAUACCAUCACUAAUAGGGAAUUUGAAGAAUCUCGAGUCUAUGGACUUGUCAAACAAUUCCUUGAAAGGAGAGAUUCCUCAAGAGCUUUCAACUCUAUCUUUUCUAGCAUAUAUGAAUCUCUCUUUCAAUCACCUAGUUGGGCCAAUUCCUUCUGGUACUCAAAUUCAAUCAUUUGAUGUAGAUUCUUUUGAAGGUAAUGAAGGCUUAUGUGGACCUCCACUGAGCAACUAUUGCAGCAAUGAUGGAGGAAAUAAGUUGCCACCUUCAGCAUCUAAUACUUCUCAAUCCCAUGAUGAGAGUUCCAUUGAUUGGAACUUCUUAAGUGUGGAGUUGGGAUGUAUUUUUGGUUUUGGAAUUUUCAUACUCCCCCUUAUUUUUUGGAAGAAAUGGAGGUUGUGGUAUUCCAAACAUAUAGAUGUGAUGCUAUACAGGAUCAUCCCACAGCUUGAUUUUGUGUUUGAACAUCAUGAAGGGAAGAGGUAUAGAAUUUUGAGGUGGAGGUACUAA